UACCGAUAAAGUCUUCUCUGCCACGGCUUGCAAAUUCUGUCGCGCAUUAUUUUUACCAAUUUUUUUUUCGAAUAAUAGCAACAAUAAACCUAGUGCAGUGAUAUAUAAAUCGAAAUAGGCUUACGGAGCACCUAUAAAACCAGAGACCGGUUAAUUUGGUGACCUUGAAUUGGAAUAAACAACGCCGGAAACGCCGGCAGGCGAGAGAGAAAAAAAGACAUGACGGUUGACGUGGGCGGCGUCGCCAGAGGCUUUCUCACAUGGGAGAAGCAGGAGCAUCUAGUUAAACUGGCCAUACUCAUUUUGGCGGCCGUUCUGUCAUUCGCCACGCGCCUUUUUUCUGUCCUGCGAUUCGAAAGUGUUAUCCAUGAGUUCGAUCCGUACUUUAACUACCGCACCACUCGGUUCCUGGCCGAGCAGGGCUUCUACAAGUUCCACAAUUGGUUCGAUGACCGCGCGUGGUAUCCCCUGGGCCGCAUCAUUGGCGGCACCAUUUAUCCCGGAUUGAUGGUAACCUCGGCGGCGCUCUACCGCCUCAUGUGGCUGCUAAAUGUGACUAUUGAUAUACGGAAUGUGUGCGUCUUCCUGGCGCCGUUCUUUUCGUCGCUUACCACAUUGGUUACCUAUGCUCUUACCAAGGAGAUUCAUAGCACUGGCGCUGGACUGGUGGCUGCGGCUCUCAUCUCCAUAGUUCCUGGUUAUAUAUCCCGUUCGGUGGCUGGAUCGUAUGACAAUGAGGGAAUUGCCAUCUUUUGCAUGCUCUUCACCUACUAUCUGUGGAUCAAGGCCGUCAAGACGGGCACCAUCUUUUGGUCAGCCAUGGCGGCAUUGGCUUACUUCUAUAUGGUCUCCUCAUGGGGUGGCUAUGUGUUCCUAAUCAACCUCAUACCCUUGCACGUGGUGGCUCUGAUGAUAACUGGCAGAUUCUCGCAUAGGAUUUAUAUUGCCUAUAGCACGCUGUAUUGUGUGGGCACAAUCCUGUCCAUGCAGAUCUCUUUUGUGGGAUUCCAGCCCAUCCAAAGCUCGGAGCAUAUGCUGGCUUUGGGUGUCUUUGGUCUUUGCCAGAUUCACGCCUUUGUGGACUAUCUGCGCUCUCGCAUACCCAAAGAGCACUUUGAUCUGCUCUUCAAGACCUUGAUGUCCAGUCUGCUGACUGUGGUGCUUGUUGUCGGCACUCUGCUGACCAUAACCGGCAAGGUAUCCCCUUGGACGGGACGAUUUUAUUCACUGCUGGAUCCUUCUUAUGCCAAGAAUCAUAUUCCAAUUAUUGCCUCUGUGUCGGAACAUCAGCCCACAUCGUGGUCAUCAUUUUACUUUGAUCUUCAGAUCUUGGUAUUUCUCUUUCCCGCUGGCCUCUACUUUUGCUUCUCCAAGCUAACCGAUUCGAAUAUAUUCAUUAUAUUGUAUGGCGUCACAAGUAUUUACUUCGCUGGCGUUAUGGUGCGUCUCAUGCUGGUUCUUGCUCCCGUGAUGUGCGUUUUAUCUGGAAUUGCCGUAUCACAUCUGCUGGCCAAAUAUAUCAAGAGUGUGGAUGCCGGCAGUUCGUCGUCCAAGCAUGGCGGAGUGGAGAGCAAGCGGCAGCACAAGAAGAUGGAGCAGCAGACGGGCGGUGUGAAGAGCGAGGUGGCCAUUGGUUUUGUGGGCAUUAUAACGCUGAUGCUUAUAGUUUAUACCCUGCACUGCACGUGGGUCACCUCGGAGGCUUACUCCUCGCCCAGCAUUGUGCUGAGCGCACGAUCGCAUGACGGCGGUCGGAUUAUCUUUGAUGAUUUCCGUGAGGCCUACUACUGGCUGCAGAUGAAUACACCGGAAGACGCUCGCAUCAUGUCUUGGUGGGAUUAUGGCUAUCAAAUAACAGCCAUGGCCAAUCGUACCAUAUUGGUGGAUAAUAAUACUUGGAAUAAUACGCACAUUUCGCGUGUGGGCCAAGCCAUGGCCUCGUCGGAGGAGAAGGCCUAUGAGAUAAUGCGUGAACUGGAUGUGGAUUAUGUCUUGGUUAUCUUUGGCGGUUUGACUGGCUACUCAUCCGAUGAUAUUAACAAGUUCCUGUGGAUGGUACGCAUUGGUGGGAGCACAGAUCGUGGCGCACACAUACGUGAAAAGGAUUACUAUGCUGCGAAUGGAGAGUUCCGUGUGGACAAGGAGGGUUCGCCAACGCUCCUCAAUUGUCUGAUGUACAAGAUGUGCUAUUAUCGCUUUGGCCAGAUGUACACGGAGGGUGGCAAGGCCCAGGGCUAUGAUCGGGUGCGUGCAGCGGAAAUUGGCAAUAAGGACUUUGAGCUUGAUGUGCUGGAGGAGGCCUAUACCACGGAGCAUUGGCUGGUGCGCAUCUACAAGGUCAAGGAUCUGCCAAAUCGAGGAGUCUGAAGAGGAAUCAAGGAGUCGCAACAAACAUUCCAGUGUGGCGCCAUCUCUUUGAGAGCUGGAAGGAGAACAUCAACGAUUUUUUUCGAUGUCACAUCGAUCUUCUAUCUCUCUCCAUUCUAUGUUUGUACAUUAUAGUCCUAUGUCUCUCUCCAUCUCGCUCUGUAUCUCUAUUUAUAUCGAAUCAUUUGGCAAUCUCUCUUGCUCCCUGAGUAUUAAUUGUUGCUACUUGUUGCACGCCUUUCGUUUUUUGUACCCUUUUUUUUUACUUUAAAAUAUUUCUCAUCUGAAACAAGAACACAACACAUGUAAGCAAAUCGAACGAAAAAUAUAUAUAGAUAUGAUAAAAGUGAUCAAUUUAAA